CGUGAUGUUGGCGAGUGGAUGCCGUACGGGGCUGCUGGUGAUUGGACUCGGACUCCUGUGGAUGCAACCAUCGUCAGUCCAGUGUGCGAUGACCCGCAAGCAGCUCAUCAGCUCGAUGGACAUGAUGCGAUCCGCGUGUGCGCCCAAGUUCCAAGUAACAACCGAAACGUUGGAUGACCUCCGGAAGGGCAUAUUCGUGGAAGAUCGUGAGCUCAAGUGCUACACGAUGUGCAUUGCGCAGAUGGCGGGCACGAUGACCAAGAAGGGAGAGGUUAACAUCCAGAAAACGCUUGCCCAGAUGGACGCUAUGUUGCCGCCGGACAUGCGGGAAAAGGCGAAGGAAGCCAUCCGUGCGUGCCGCGAAACGCAGGGUCAGUACAAGGAUUCGUGCGACAAAACGUUCUACUCGACGAAGUGUCUCGCCGAGUACGAUCCGGGCGUGUUUCUCUUUCCCUGACUGACGGAUGGACGGACGAUCUGCUUUUGACGCCGAACCGAGGGCGAUCGACGUCGUCGGUUGGCACCACGAUCAAGCAACAGGAACACAGCACCAGCAGCAGCAGCAUCAGCAACA